AUGGCCUCGCAAGAUGGCUCGGGCAUCCUGGGUUGUUUCCCGGAGGAGGUGCGCCUCAAAGUGUUCGAGAGUCUUGUGCCCGACCGUUUACCCAUCGGAACCUGGGCACCUCUUUCUCCUGCCAUCCAGGGCUCUCGGAAAGCUCUCUUCAGUCUCUGCUUCACCUCCAAGAAGUGCUAUGACCUUGCCUUGCCUUUCCUGUACAAAUACGUCAUACUCACCGACGAGACGCAGCUGCCCAGUCUCCUGGUGACCCUCAUUUCAAACAAGGAGCGCCGAGCAUGGAUCCACCGUAUUGCUGUGCUCGCCGAGAUUCCAUUCGGCGAGGAUGUUGAAACAGACCGACGCAACGUGGACUUCAUCACGAAGACCAUUGACAGGGUGAAGCAAGUCGACACACAGAACCUAGAGAGCAAUGGGGCGAAUGCCUUAAACGCACUGGGAAAACUCUUGCCUCUGCUCAAGUUUGCUCUGUCACGGCCCCUGGCCCUCAUGUGGGAUGUCGAUUACGAGGGUCUGAUGAUGGAUACGAUCCACCGCGUACAGAGUCAGUUCCUCGAACUCCUAUUUCAUAUGCAAACCCAAGUCAAGGAUAUCUUGGUUGUCGUUUUGCCCGAGCGCGAUUAUCUUCUUUGUCCUCGGCCCUUGCACGACACAAUCAUGGACCAAUUCCGGCUUGACCCCACCCGACCUUCUCCCGAGAAUCCUCUGAAGAAUCUCAUUUCCAUCAGGAAGCAGUAUCCGCGGAAUUCCAGCGAGUGGCUCAUACCAAAUCCCCUAGCACCAGAGUACCUAGUGAGCAAGGACUGGGAAUUUUGCGGGGAUAAUGGAGAAUGGUUCUUCAAUGACUACCUCGACGGCCAGGGAUGGCCUCGACCACGUCCGCCCCCGAGAGGUCUCGCAAUAUUCUCCCACGUCACCAAUCUGGGGCUCUAUGAGUCGCGGACACAUCCCGCCCAACUGCGGGUCAUCCUCAGUUCCUGCAGCUCACUCAAGGUCCUCUGCUAUACAACCUGGCCCCCGAUAUGGUUCCGUUGGCCGUCCCCCAACCCAUUCACGGACGAAGAUGAGGGAUCCCCCGUCCCAUCCACGGACGAAGAAGAGGGAAUCCCAGUGCCCACACUUCAGCAGGCGCUAGAAGAGGUCAGAGGCACACUAGAAGAACUCCGCCUGGGCUGGACUGGACAUGAAAAUGAUUUGACUGCCGCUGAGAGGGAGGCUUUGGCGCCCCACAAGGUCGAAAUAAGCGGCUUUCCCCAUCUUACCAAGGUUGAAAUCGAUCCGAUUUUUGACGCUACACGCGUUUCUGAAUCACUAUGA